GUUUAUAACAAGUGCAUUAUUUGAAUUAUUUUCAUCACCCAAUAAAAAUAUAAUUAAUUUUCAUACCUCAUCAAUUAUAAUUACAUGAUGUUUAUCGACCAUGUUGUACUUGAAUAAUGGUUAUUUGAAUUCAUCAGCAAUCAAAAUUAAAAUGCUUUUGCACAGAGAUAUCAACAUUUUAGCGCGGUUCUAUACAGUGUUUGUGAUUUCACUUUUAUUGGCCCGCUACAGUAAUGCUAAAGAUACGCCCACCAAUAGCUCUAUUAAAAGUAUGAUUGUUCAGGAAAUUAUGAAAAAAGUGUCUAACAUAACAUUGACUGCUUUGGCAAAAGCAGAUCCCGAAAAGAAAGAAACAGUUUUACACCAAAUAGAACAAAAAUUAAGGAAAUCUGCGAGAAAUAUGGGAUCUGAUGCAAAUAAGUAUGUGAAAUUUAUCAUGAAUGAAUUUGAAUCUAAGGCUUCCGAAGCUCCGAAAGCACCGAAACGUAUUCCAGAUGUCAUACGGAAAAGCAUUAACGUUAGAAUGGAUGAGAAACCUAAGGCAUCCGUUGUCAUUGACAGUUCAUUAAAAAAAGAAAUCAUUGCUGAUAUAGCAAAAAAAAUUCAAACUCUCGCUAAAAUGCAUAUGAAAGACGCUAAAACAGUCAUAAGUAAGAAAAAAGUUAUAGAAAAAAUUAAAAAUAGAAUCAUGAAUGCGGCUCAGAGUAAACACGCACAGCUUCACCAGAAACAUGAUGAACUUAAAGCUUACAGUAGUCUCAUAGCACAAGGAGUCGAACUAUCCAUGCAAAAACUGUUAGCGCAAGACAGUGGUAGAAGUGGUAGACGCAUGGACAGCCAAGAAGAUUUAAAACAACCUUCAGAAGAAUUAGGCACUGAAGACAGUAAGCAGAAAAACAAUACGGAUCUGGAAAAUGAAAUAUUAAAAAAAACCAUGGUUGCCAUAAAUAUAGAAGAAAUCAAUAAAUUUAAGAACCUCAUAUCUGAAUCCUUCAAUGAAACUUCCAUCGAUCCGCGCUGUGAUGAAAUUUUGGAAGAUACAUGUCUUAGCAUACAAGCAUUUCAUAGAAUACCUUGUGGUCAAGGAAAAAGUAUACCUAUCGAGAAUCUUUGUAACGGUGUUGUUGAUUGCAUGGACAAUGUCGAUGAAGUUAACUGUACUCGUCAAGCAAUGGAAAAAGUAAAGAAAGCUACCACAGUAAUGUCAGAAAUAGCUUCAUCUCCUCAUCGUCAAUGUUUCCCAUCAACGGACGGUGGCCUAUUUGCAGCACAAAAUCAAAUUUUACGGGACGUAUUACAGAAUCAGAUGGAGUUCUUAGAGAAACAUCUUAAUGUGACCUUACAGGAAACACGAAAAAAUCCAACAGAUGAUAUUUUUAUUAAAAAGGCUGUGACAGAUGUAGGUACGAUAUUGAGUACCCUAUCAUACGCUCUUGAUGGAUCCAUUUGUGCACAUCGCGUCGACCCCGAUAAUCCAAAUGACACUGCCGCUCGUAAGUAUAAUGUUAUAGAACUAGACGAACUAGAAGAAGAACCCAAGGCACCCAAUUGGUCACCGAAGUCGUGCACUUGUAAAGGACAGUUUUGCAAAGACCCUUCUUGUGAAGAUCCCUGUAAACGUAUUUGCUGGCAGAGGUACAGCUUGAACCACUGGUCAUGUCAAGCUACUAAUAGCGCCACUAGCGUCUCCUUAGAUGUCAUCUGUGAUGGCAAACUGGACUGUUUCGAUCAAUCUGAUGAAAGUUAUUGUGCAACAGAUGCCAACGGCUUGAAAUUUGAAGCUUUGAAAAAAUACAGCACUUUACUAGAUCUACUGACACUAAAAUCUAAAUCAUACGAAUUCGUCAAAAGCCGAAAUAAACUGGUUGCAAUGCAUGCUUUAGUUCGUCAGCUACAGAAACAUACUAUUAAGACAAAUGUUAAUAGAGAAGUUGUAAAGACUCUUAGAGAUGAAGCUUUUACGAUGCUUGUCUCAAUAUACGAUGAUGUGUUAGAAGCUGGUAAUUUAGGAGGAUUAGAAGAUUACUAUAUAAUCUUAAUGUCAAUCAGCGAACUGUUGGUGGAUGCCCUAAAACGUUCUAAUACUGGAAAUGAAAUUCUGAUACCCGCGGAUGGGUGUUACUGUAGAGACGGACUUUGCGCUCUACGCAGGUGUAGCAAGAAUUGUGUUCAAGCUUGUUUAGCGGAACCCUCACUAACCCAGUAUCCAUGUGGCUAUAAAAACAUAUCUGUCCCAAUUGAUGCUAUUUGUAAUGGAAAAGAGAACUGUCCGAAUGGACGAGAUGAAAAGGAUUGUAAAAAAGACGUUUGUCGAGGACAUCACCUGGUCGUACUGCGUCAUAACAUACAACAUGUAGGAGUGAAACACAGGUCAUCAGUUUUGGGCGAAGUCCUCGACUCAUGGAAAGAAAAGGUGUCAGCGGCACUGUUCGUUGCUGAAGCUACUCAGAGGCCGAAUCGUACUUCAAUGGUUGAAAUUAUGAGGCGUGUCCUCCACGACCUCGUGAUGGCAUUCGCAUCAAUGGAAGACUCCAGGAAAGCUCAUUCCGAGGUCGCACUCAAAGAAUUCAUAGCUAUAGCUAAUAUAGUGAUGCAGACGUUGAAAACUUGUGUAUAUUAA